GAAAUGUGCCCUUAUGUGCAUUUUAUAUAUUAUUAAUCAUUUAUAGUGGCACAUAUUCUCUUACCGCUUAAAAUCACUUCUGUUCGACUGCCCACAGAUUAAUUAAGAGCAGGCACCAAAUAAUUUGAAUUCAAAUCAAACAAGUGUCAUUCGACUAUAAACAGUGAAUUGGGUAAAUUAUGGAAUUCACGCCGAAUUUCAAACGCAAGCGAAGCAAUUUUAAAGACUAUAUUAAAUUUGCGCCCUUCCCAUCAAACCCUGACGGACAACGUUACCAAGGUGUCUUUAAUGGACUCUCUGUGGAAGUGGCGGACUCCAAACACAAACCAAUAAGGAUUCUACACGACAACGGCUGCUACGGCAAAGGAAGUAAUUCACGCGGUGGCCCAAUUUCUGGAGAGCCAGACGAAACGCUUCUGCUUGGCUUGGAGGAGGCAUGUGUAUUGGCCUACUAUUUAGACAUACUGGAGAUAAAAGACACUCUGGACAAAGACAUUACCUGGCAAGAGUAUGUUAAAGCAGCACUGGAAUAUGACAAAGAGUUUAUCUCUAAACUGGCUGCAUAUUUGUAUCUAAAAUCUAAGAAUUGGAUAAUUAAGAGCGGCAUUAAAUUUGGUGGUGAUUUUCUCAUCUACAAACAAGGACCACGACACUUUCAUGCUAGUUUCUUGGUGCUCGUGCACACUUCUGCCUAUAUUAGUAACACCCAUUACGUGGGCAAGAAUUUGAAAGGUGCUCAACGCGUAGCUGAAACCUCAGACAAAGAUGUGCUCAUUCUUGGAGUAAACGAACCGAAAGACUUUGAUCCUGCGUUGCCCACACCGGCGGCACUUGAAUGCCUGACCAUUGACGAGACUGUGAUACGGCGUUUUAACUACACAUCUUUUGUGCAAAGUAAACAGAAACAAUAACAAGAGUAAACUAAAU